AGAACUACAGGCACUAUGCUACCCGGAUAGGAAGUGCACUUCCUAGGCGAUGCUUCCACUGGCCCCUUGUGCAUUAGUCUCCUGUCUGGAUGGUAAUUACCCCCAUCCAUGUGCCAUCUGCUGGCCCAUUCCUCCAACUUCACUGGGAACUGAAGAUGAAAGGUGAUCAGAAGCAGGGGCGGUAAGCAAGCACCUUCCAUGGUGGAAGUUCUGUCCUGCUGAGGGAGCAGGAGUGGAGUGCCUUAUUUAAACUGUGCUGUAGCUGGAAUCCUGUGACACCACCACAUCAGAGGGAAGAGGAGAGGCGCUAAUCCCCGAGUGAAUGGAGAGUCUCCAUCUUCAUCUGCCUUGCUUGAUUUCCACAAAUGCCUCGGUCACAGGGAAACUUCAUGUGAUUUCUCAUCAAGGAUGGAACGUGGGAUUCUGAGCAGGACUGCAUUGUUGCCUUCUGGCCUGGGAAGGUUCUGCCCACCUUGACUGAUCGUGCUCAGACGUCCGGCGCCAUCAGGCUCCACCCCCGACAGGGAGGGGACAGAAGAGAGUUGCGCAAGCGCAUUCGUGCUCGGGCCAGCGCCCGGGCCUUUGGGCCCGAGGCAGAGGUGUCGCGCAGUUUUCUCAGAGACUUUGGUGGUGACAGCGGCUGCAGCGGCGGCGGCGGCGGCGGCGGCGGCGGCCACUGCUACGUAAUGGUCCCGCUGUAGCCUCACGCCACCUUCUUGCAAGACUGCGCCGAGGCAGAAAUGUCGCCGCCGCCGCCGCCGCCUAUCUGGCGGCAGCUUAGCUUCAGCUUGUUGCUAGGCUCCUUCUGCAUCGCCCUGGAGUCCGCAGCGCAAGGCAACUCUGCUACAGAUGCUCUGAACAUCCUUCUGAUCAUUGUGGAUGAUCUCCGCCCCUCCCUGGGCUGUUAUGGAGACAAGCUAGUGAGGUCCCCGAACAUUGACCAGCUGGCAUCCCAUAGCGUUCUCUUUCAGAAUGCCUUUGCUCAGCAAGCAGUGUGCGCACCAAGUCGAGUGUCCUUCCUCACCGGGAGGAGGCCUGACACCACCCGCCUGUAUGACUUCAAUUCCUACUGGAGGGUACAUUCUGGAAAUUUUUCCACCAUCCCCCAAUACUUCAAGGAGAAUGGCUACGUGACCAUGUCGGUUGGGAAAGUCUUUCACCCUGGUAUAUCUUCCAAUCACAGUGAUGAUUAUCCAUAUAGCUGGUCUUUUCCACCUUAUCAUCCAUCCUCAGAGAAAUAUGAAAACACUAAGACGUGUAAGGGACAAGAUGGAAAACUCCACGCCAAUCUGCUUUGUCCUGUCGAUGUGGCAGAUGUGCCUGAAGGUACCUUGCCUGACAAACAGAGCACAGAAGAAGCCAUCAGGUUGUUGGAAAAGAUGAAGACAUCAGCUAGUCCUUUCUUCCUGGCAGUUGGGUACCACAAGCCGCAUAUCCCCUUCAGAUACCCCAAGGAAUUUCAGAAGUUGUAUCCCUUGGAAAACAUAACCCUGGCUCCUGAUCCCCAUGUUCCUGAUAGCCUACCACCUGUAGCCUACAACCCCUGGAUGGAUAUCAGGGAGAGGGAAGAUGUCCAAGCCUUAAACAUCAGUGUUCCCUAUGGACCAAUUCCUGAGGAUUUUCAGCACAGAUGUUCCAUUUGCAGUAUCCUGAUCCUGAGGCAGUCUAGCUGUGAGAGCUCCUGGAAAGAACACCUGUUGCUGCUAAGCAGAGGUUUUCAGCUACCUAGCGAAGUUCUUUGCUUGUUUGCUGAGCGGAAAAUCCGCCAGAGCUACUUUGCUUCUGUGUCCUAUUUGGAUACUCAGGUUGGACAUGUUUUGAGUGCUUUGGAUGAUCUUCGUCUAGCCCACAACACAAUUAUUGCUUUCACAUCUGAUCACGGAUGGGCCCUAGGUGAACACGGAGAAUGGGCCAAGUACAGCAACUUUGAUGUUGCUACCCGUGUGCCCCUGAUGCUCUAUGUCCCUGGAAGGACGGCCCCACUUCCUGCGGCAGGCCAGAAGCUCUUUCCAUACCGGGACCCCUUUGAUCCGGCCUCGGAUUGGAUGGAUGCAGGCAGGCACACCGAGGACCUCGUAGAACUUGUAUCUCUCUUCCCCACGCUCGCUGGACUUGCAGGACUGCCAGUUCCUCCUCGGUGCCCCAUCCCUUCUUUUCAUGUUGAGCUUUGCAGAGAAGGCCAGAAUCUUCAGAAGCAUUUGCAGCUCCAUGACUUGGAAGAGGAGCCAGACUUGUUUGGUAAUCCCCGGGAGUUGAUCGCCUAUAGCCAGUACCCCCGGCCUGCAGAUUUCCCUCAGUGGAAUUCUGACAAGCCAAGCUUAAAUGAUAUAAAGGUCAUGGGAUAUUCUAUACGCACUGUAGACUACAGGUACACUGUGUGGGUUGGCUUCGAUCCUAGUGAAUUUCUGGCUAACUUUUCUGAUAUCCAUGCCGGGGAACUCUAUUUUGUCGAUUCUGACCCACUGCAGGAUCACAAUGUAUAUAAUGACUCCCAACAUGGAGGUCUUCUCCACUCACUGAGGCCUUGAGUUCUGCCAGCCUCAGUGGGCACAUAUGUGUCCCCUUCCCCCCCUACCCAUUGUAUUAGAUAUAACCUGAGUGGGAAACAGUGGAAACAUGCAUCAGCAAUCUGGCCUCGGACUAGGUGGCAGAUGGCCCUUUUUAUGUAGUCCUUCUUAAGUUAGAAUUUGCCAUUGGAUUUGGGCUAAGCUGAAACUUUUAUUUUAAAAGCUCCCAUAGCUUCGUUACUACACAAGUACAAAGUGAACUAAGGUAUAAUCUUAUCUUUAUAUCUAAAGACCAUGCUAGCCAGACAUAAUACUGUACUUAAGAAAUCAUUUGCUUGUUGAAUUUAGUGCAUUUCAGAUAGUAACCAUAUGUCUUACGUAGCCCAGAGUGUCAAGCAUGUUAACAUGGGAUUUAUUUCUUUCUCAAAUGUGAAAUUCAAGUUGCUUCUAGAGUUAUUGCUUCUAAGACUACAGAUUUAGAAUCAAAGGUAAAAUACCCAUGUGAUGAUCAAUGUGGUGUUUCUUCAUUAAAUAAUAAAUAAUGCUUAGUAAAGUAUAGUUAAAGUUAGGAAAUUCAGUUAAGUAUUUCAAUACUCUCUGGCCCAAAUAAUAAUUUGUUAGUAAAUACUACAAUUCUUGAACUCAGUGGCUAUCUGUUAAAAAUUCUGUUAUUCACAAUGAAAUCAUCUCAAAUGGAACUAUUCCCAUGAUUUGAAUCAUUCCAGAUUGUAUUCAUAUGCCUAUUUAGAAAACUGCAGAUAUCCAUGUAUCCUGGAGGCAGGAGGUAUUCUACUUUUUGCUAAAACAAAACAAAACAAAACAUGUUUAUGAAAUGUAAAUUAUCUUGAGGGUUGUGGAUACUUUUUAUUAAUAGGGUAUAAGUAAUUUUCAGAAUGUAGUUCUGUGUUCCCUAAGUACGAAGGUAACUAGAAUAUGGGCAUGUAGUAAGGAUUAGGUUAUUUCAUUACUGUCACCAGACAGAAGUCCUUCCUCUAACAUUGUGAAAACUGUUCAAUUACCAGGAGUCAACAGCUUUCUAAAUAAACAUUCUAUGUAUUUUGUUUUGUAUUUAAAUGAGUAAUUUCAAUAAUUUCAUUAAAAAUGAUUCAGUGUCUCAAGGUAAAUGUUUUUAAAACAAAAACUAUAGUAAAUAGCUGAUUAGAUUAAGUUACUGUCAUGUAUUAAAUUGUAACCAAAAAGUCAAGACACUACUUUGAAGUGUGUAAAAUUUCAAAGAGAGAUUGUUGAUUUUACCAGCUGGCCUAUAGUAGAGUAGAUUUGUCUGUUGUUCUGAAACUGACUUUUGCAAAGGCUUUGCUCCCAUCUUUCCUUGUUCUUGAUCUUUACUGCUCUCCUGAUGUCUACUCAGUGUCAUUUUACAAUUUAGUUUAGAAACUCCUCACAGCAUGUUUUCUUUUUUUUUUUAGCUUCAUCUCCUUCAUAGAGGGACAGAUUUUGACACAAGUGUUUAUUUGACAUCUAUUUAUUGUUCCUGUUUGGCCAUAGUGUGUGUGUAUGUGUGUGUGUGUAUGUAUGUGUAUGUAUGUGUGUGUAUGUGUAUAUAUACAUAUACAUACACAUACAUACACAUACAUAUAUACAUAUAUACAUAUAUACAUAUAUAUAUAUAUAUAUAUAUAUAUAUAUUUAAUCUUCCAAAGUACAGUUUUAGUUUAAACCCCUCUGAAUUCUGCUUCCAAUGACAUAUGUGGCUAUUUAAAUUUAAAUUCAUUAACACAAAAUAACAUUUUAAAAAAUUUCUGUUUUACUUCGCACUUAGAACCUUCCCAUCCUAGCAGACUGGACGGAGAUGCCCUGGAUUCGAUCUAGAUGUGUUCACCCUGAUUGGCAGGUCCCUACUGUCCUGCACUUGCCCACAAUGAGCAAACUAUAUUUGGUUUAGGCAUAGAGUAGGGAGUUUGCUGUGGCCAUCAGCUUCUUCCUUCCACUCUCAUCACCAUUGCCUCUGUCCUUCUUUCUUUCCUUCCCAAGAAAUUUCCUUCCCCUCCUUUUCCCUCCCCUGUUCCUUAAAGAAUCCAUGUGUCUUCCUAAAAUCCCUCUUGACCCCUGCCCUUUAAGAACACCGUCAGUGCCUACUAAGGGUCUAGAAAGACCUCCGUUGAGCAGUCAGAGUCUUCCCUGGCUCCACAAUACCCCUUCCCUUGGCUGACUCUCCUUGCCAAUCCUUACCUCCCUGGUCCUUCAAGCCUUUGUCCCCUCUUCUUUGCUCCAACCCCUUCACAGCCAUUCUUCAUAGCCUGGCUCCCCUACCCCCCUGCUUAGAAGCUGAGGCUGUCAGGACUCUCUAGAGUGUAUUAUGGGGGAAAAUGAACACAUCUUAAAAAUCUGUUAUUUGCUACAUUUUUUUAGAAGGCAUUUUUCCUCAUGAGUUUGAUAUGUUAAUUAUACAGAAAUUGGAAAGCAGAAAUGCAUUUUAAAAGGCAAGAAAAUGUCUGAGUGCUUUAUACUAAGAUUGCCAUAGUUUGUUCUUUUUGGGGUAUGAAUGUUUUACAUUUCUUGAUCCUCUAUGUUGUUUAUAAUACAACUUCUGCUCUUUCUUUCUGAACAUUAUGUAUGGUUGGUUAUUAGUGAAUUUUGCAGAUAUUUUAUAUUGCUGGUAAUAUGUGUUAUUGCAUAGAUUUAUUGUAAUUUUCUCAGCCUUCUUUCAGUUGUUAGAAAUUUAGAUUAUUUCCAAAUUUUCAGUGUUACAAAUAAUGCUGUGAUCAAUUUUGUGAAUAUAGUGUUUUUACGUAUUUCAAAGUAUUCCCAUAGGCUAGUUUCUCAGUGCCAAGUCAUCAAAAACAGCUCCGUUUUCUCUUCACUCUUGCUAUGAUAGCAUAUUAAACUUAGAAAAGAAACUCAAAAGGCCUAUAUUAAAAACCAUAAUACCAAAAAGGAAAGUCUGUAGUCCUAUAAUAAUAGAUGAGAGUUGUAUUCUGCUUUAAUAUCUGAUUCUUUGCUGAUUAACGACAUGAACCAUUAUGCUCUCUGUAUGACAGUUGUGUGACUUUGUGUGGUCAUGUUAUGGAUCUUACCUUUUAAUGUAAUAAAGUAAAUUGCUCUUUUCCUGUGUGACAGUUUUUCCUGUAUAUUUGUUCUAAGCGUAGAACAACUCUAUUUGGGACCUGAAUAAAUACUCAUUUUCCUUUGAAA